GCAGCUAUUAUAUCACAAUAUAUAAUUAUUCAUUAAUCAUUAUUAUUCAUUGUGUAGUGUGUACCUCAGCCAUCGAAUACAUUUUUAACAUUUUUCUCUUGCGUCGAACGGUAAUUAAUAAUUAUAACAACAACGUUUACGUGACUCCGGCAUUCAACAAAUCCUGACAUAUUCGUACAUCGAUAUUAUUUAUAGCUACAAUUUUUUUCUGCUCCCGCCAACUAUGCCUCGACCCGCCGAACAGUGGACGUCGUAGUAAAACGCACACGCAUAACAUCCGAUACCGCGCUGAGUGAGUAGUAUGUACAAUAUUAUGGCGGCUUGUGACCCGGGCACAACCGAACCUUACGAAAGCUGGGAAGCUCUAGAUGAUCCGUCUGUUCUCAGCACUCAGAUAAAAAAAAUGCAACUGGCGUCUGCUACUAAAAAUGAAAACAAUAGCAAUGUUGUAAUAUUGCCACCUGGCUUACAAUUGUCAUAUAACCAUCAUCAACAAAUGACAAUCCCUCAACAGCCCACUGUUAAAAUACUCAAACGACCGCAGAAAGAUAAUGCUGCAAAUGAAAAUGCUGAUAAACCCAAAGUACAAGUUAAAUCUUUGGAACAAAGAAAACAAGAAUAUGCAGAAGCUAGAUUACGAAUAAUGGGUGAAGAACGUGAAGAAGACUUAAAUGCUGAUGAUGAAGGAGCCAGUUCUUCAGGAAGUAUGAAAUUUGAAGUACUUCAAAGUCGACAGCCAAUAGUUCGUGUUGCUGUUGAAGACAAUGUUAUUCGACAGCCUCGUGGGCCUGAUAACACCAAAGGAUUUAAUCAUCGAAGCUAACCCUAAGAAUUUAGAAAAUUUAAAGUAAUACAUUUUUUAAGUGCAGGAUUUUCAUAAUAAAACAAUUAUAAUCUAUAUUGUACUUUUCUAAUAUCCAGUUGUAAAUAUUAAGAACAUGAUAAUGAUAAUACCUCUGGAAUAAAUGAUAUUUGUAGAGAAAAAAAAAUGGGAAACAAAAAAUAUUUAUUCUUCUCCAGUGACAUAUUUGAUAGUUGUUGAUACACAUUUUACUAAUGACAAGAUCUAGUCAGACAAAAAUGCUUGAUAUAUUAUAAUAUUUUCAUUAAAUAUUCAGUCAGAGGUAUUUUUCUAUGAUUGUAAAUUUAAAUGUAAAUAAAAAAGCCGUGUGCUCAAUUGACGCACUAUAUUUUGUUGAUCAAUUAAAAUUAAGUAUUUUUAAAAAAAAAAUAUUCUUAACUAAAUUAUUUAAAAUUUAUUUUGUAGUAAUUUCUGUAUUGCCAAUAUUAUUCAAUUCAACAAACAUAAAUAUCUUAAAAAUAUAUUAUGUUAAAUUUAUUCAAAUUUGUUUAAUUUAGCAUUCACCUAAAGACGAUACUUAAAUUUGUACCUUCUAAUUCCUAGUGACUGUUCUUUUUUUUUUUUAAUCAUUGUUAAUUUUCGUUCAAGUUUUAAUAAAUUCAAUAGUAUUGUUGUAAUUUAUCGCUUAUUGUAAAUUAGGUUUUUGUUUCUUAAGUGAUGUAAAUGAAUAUGGUGAAGGUAUAAAGGUAUAUAGAGGAAUUUAGGACUAUUGCCUUUACAAUUUACUUAUAUGUAUACAUAUACAUUAUACACAUAUUUUUUUAAAUAAAUUUAAAAAUGAGUGAUUAA